AUGACAGAACAGGACGAAGGCCGAGCCUUCUUCACGCAACAACGAGCCCUCCUAAUCCAAGACAUCGCAGCCAGCAUGGAAACCGUCCUCCAAAACAUCAACAAACUAAACCGGAGCUUAGAGGGUGUCAUAGCGGUCGGAAAUGAGUUCAGUCAAGUCGAAGGACUCUGGUCACAAUUUGAGAACGUCAUGGCGAAGCCGUCGACGUCUUCUUCUGCUGGUGCUGAGAAAGGAGAAUUGAAGGGAGAGGGAGAGGCGGUGUGA